UGCAUUUGACAAUUUAUUUGUUUUUGUUUACAAAUAUUUGGUUGAUUUCUGCAUUCUGCUGCUAUAUUUCUUAAGAAAAGUUAAAAAAAUAAUUUUAAAUGGAGCGUAAAUCUCGAGAUUAUCAGCAAUCAUCAUCUAGAAGAAAGCGUUCAAGGUCUCGAGACAAUGAUGCCAGGAAAAGGCCCAAAUUAAGAAAGUACAGUCCGCCACUUACAAAAUCUGAGAGCAAUGAUUUCAGUUUUUUAGAUCACAAACAUAAUUUAAACAAAAUAUUAUCGUACAGUAAUGACACUAAUGUGGUUGUAAAUAGUUUAGAGGAUUUCUGGGUAUUUGUUAAGAAAUAUGAAGCGACGUUGAAGAAGGCAGGUAAACCUAUCAUUGAUAGUGUUUCUCACAUAGAAGAUUGUUCAGGUGCAACUUUUUCUAAGCAUGAUUGCAUAAAUUUUACUAGUAAAAUGAAGUUCAUAGAGAGCUAUGAUGAGAGAGAUAAGAAGAAGCUAGAUAAAAAAAUGUUUGAUAUGUUCUUGAGGAUUGUAUCAGUUUAUUUGGAUUUUAAGAAUAAGGAGAAAUUCGAUAAGUUGAAAAAGUUGAGGAAAGCUCAAAGUGAACUGCCAGUUGCUAAGUACAGGAAUGAAAUAGUAUCGGCAGUACAAAAUGAGAAAGUUGUCAUAGUAGCAGGGGACACUGGUUGCGGGAAAUCCACACAAGUUCCACAGUACCUUCAUGAAGCAGGGUUUCAGAAUAUUGCAUGCACUCAACCCAGGAGGAUCGCCUGUAUCUCAUUGUCAAAGCGAGUUGCGUACGAAAUGCUAACACAAUUCGACAGCAAAGUUGGAUAUCAGAUUCGUUUUGAAAAGAGCAAGACUUCUGAUACUAAGAUUUGUUUUAUCACUGAAGGCUUAUUGUUGAGACAGAUGUCUUCGGAGAGUUUGCCCAACUAUGACGUUAUAAUACUUGAUGAAAUACACGAAAGGCAUUUGAUGGGUGAUUUUCUGCUGGGUGUCCUCAAAUGCUUGAUUCACACCUGGAGCGAUAUCAAACUUGUGCUGAUGUCAGCGACAAUCAACAUUAAACUGUUUGAGGAUUACUUUUCCGCUGAAUCUGCAGUUGUUAUUCAAGUUCCAGGACGUCUUUACCCGAUCGAAUUGAACUAUAAACCAAUACUGGUUGAAGACAAGCCUUCGAGGGAUGACAGACUCGAUCCGCAGCCCUACGUACAAAUUAUGCAGUUAAUCGACAGCAAAUAUCCUAGCGACGAAAGAGGCGAUCUACUGAUAUUCAUGUCAGGUGUGCAAGAGAUAACAGCAAUAUGCGACGCGGCCCAACAAUACUCGGAGAAGAGUAAAAAUUGGAUCGUUCUGCCGUUACACAGUGGACUGUCUCUCACUGAGCAGGAUAAGGUAUUCGAUUACCCGCCUGAAGGAGUAAGAAAAUGCAUUGUUUCUACAAAUAUUGCGGAGACAUCAGUUACCAUAGAUGGUAUAAGAUUUGUUGUGGAUUCCGGAAAGAUGAAAGAAAUGAGCUAUGAUUCAUCUACAAAAAUGCAAAGGCUGAAAGAAUUCUGGAUAUCAAAAGCUAGUGCUGAUCAGAGAAAAGGCAGAGCGGGGAGAACGGGACCCGGCGUCUGUUACCGAAUAUACUCAGAGCAACAGUACACAGAUUUGGAGACAUUCAGUACCCCGGAAGUAUCUCGGGUACCUCUCGCAUCGCUCCUGCUACUGAUGAGUUCUCUGGGCGUCAGCGACGUUAGACGCUUCCCUUUUAUAGAUGCCCCGCCCGAACAGGCCGUGGAAGAUGCCCUGUUGGAACUCAAACAACACGCAGCUCUUACAUCCAACGAGAAGCUAACAGCCCUCGGCAAAGCGCUAGCUAACUUGCCCGUAGAAGUGUCUCUAGCUAAAGCCCUGGUAGUAGGCAGUGCGACUCUGCCGCCGCAUAAAUUGGACUCCGCUUUGGCACUCACAGCCGCUUUGGGCAUACGUUCGAUAUACACUACACGGGCGCAUAGAGAUUUUGAAUGCGAAAACGCACGUAUGCCUGACGAAUCGGACCACGGCGAUCCUAUAACACUUCUGUCAUUAUACUGUGCUUGGUUACGAGAGAAGUCAGGAGGCGGGGGCAGGGCUUGGUGCCGACGUCGCGGCGUUGAAGAACAACGCCUCUACGAGCUCACCAAGCUUGCAGCACAACUUAGAAAUUUACUGCAAGACAAUAACAUGAUGGAGGCUCCAGAACCCGAAUCAAUGUCUUCAGCGGAAAGGGCGAUGCGACACGGUCAAAUAAAACAGUUAAAAGAUAUGAGGAGACAAUACAAACAGAAAGCGGCCGACGAUUCCAAACGCCGCAAACGCCUGAAAGUCGACUCAUGGGAAAUAAUCGAUGAAAAGGACAACGAUGAUAACACUAUGGACAUUCGAGAUAUCGAGUUUCGGAUGACGAAUGACGCCAAUCGGAUACGAGCUCUGAUAAACGGCUCCAAUGCUAGCAGUGGAAGGGACCUUGUUAUGUUAAAAGUGGUGCUAUGUCGGGCGUUAUACCCUCAAGUGGCCGUAUCUGAUGAGUUUAACCAUUGCAAGUCAGUCUCAGACCAGUUGUACCACACUUGGAGUAAACCAUUCGUAUUCCUCCAUCCGACGUCAUACUUCGGCAAGAAACCGAAGUUACUGCAGCUAACCGAAGCGGAUAUACAAGAAAAUCCACCGGGUUACAAGAGCAAGCUAACGCUGUCGUCCAAACACCAGUUAUUGUGUUAUUUAUCUCUUCUGGAAACGACAAAACCGUACAUAGUAAACUCUAUGCGCAUGCCUGCAGCCCAAACUUUGCUCUUACUAGCGCACUCUAUCGAUACAAACAUUGGAUUUACCAGGUUGGUCUGCGAUUCUUGGCUGCUUUUGGAGUUUCCAUAUCCCGAAACCGGUUUGAAUUUGUUGAUAAAGGCUGUAAGGCUUCGACAAAGGUGGGACGCUUUAAUUAACAGAAGGCUAGCAGACGCAAAUCCAAACAAAUCCGUAGAAUCGGAAUUGCAAAAAAACAAGAAAAACACACCCUACGAUGAACUGCAAUACGAACUAUCCUGUGACGUCACGUCGUACAUGAACAGUGACGUAUAUUACACUAUCAAGCGAUUGUUGCCCGGGGACCUUAAAGUACUGUACGUAGGGUCAAAUGAGGUCCAUCCGAAUAUAGACCCUAACCCAUUCGAAGAAGGUUUCGAAUGCCGUGCACAUGAGAAGAAAGGUGGAGUUUAUGUAACGGACAAUAUUGUUUACAACUGUGUGGUGGAUACAGAAUGGAGUUAUAAUUCAUACGAGGAAAGCUACAGCAUUCCUUGGAAAUGCCUGAACUGUGAACUAACAUCAUGUCUAUCUCCUCUCGAAAGAUUGCAGCACACUCAAUUCAUCUGCUCUUCUAAACCGGAGAAGAAAGAAGAGAAAGUAGUCAAAAGGGACAAUAGACCUAAUUCCAAGGAGUAUAAGUGCGAUAUUUGUAAUGAGACUUUGUAUUUGACACCGGUUGAAAUACUAAAACAUAAAAAAGGAUGUAAAUAAAUUAAUUUGUUAAAUUA